AUGCCUUCGUCGCCCACUCAAUCCUUCCCGCACCCCUUGGCUAUCAUCAACAAACAAGAUUGCAAGCCAACAGUCGCAAAUCUUAUUUCCUACAUAGUUGUCGAUACGAUGAUCUGGGAGGGACUGGGAGAUCUUUUUUCUCCCUUCAAGACCAGAUUAUACCCCCCAAAAGAGAUCAUCGAAUUUCUCAAGAAAGGGCCAGUACCAAUUUAUGUGGGGUUUGGAUCAAUUGUUGUGGAUAAUCAAAUCAAACUGACAAAAAUCAUCCUCCAUUCAAUCAAGCAGGCGGGCCAGCGGGCAAUCAUUUCGAAGGGCUGGGGAAAUCUUGGGGUGGACGGUUUGGAUAUUCCAGACGACAUACUCAUCAUCGGAAACGUCCCACAUGACUGGCCUUUUCAGAAAGUCUCAUGCGUGAUUCAUCAUGGUGGCGCGGGUACGACUGCUGCUGGACUAGCAGUCGGCCGCCCAACUAUUGUUGUCCCGUUUUUUGGCGACCAACAAUUCUGGGGCGAAACUAUCGCACGGAUUGGAGCAGGACCACUUCCACUUCAUCACAAGGGGCUGACUGUGGAAAAACUCGUAGAUGCGAUUAGAACAGCAUUGGAGUCAUCGACGAAAGAGAAAGCCAGAGAAAUUGGCGCAAAGAUGCAGAUGGAGUCUGGUGUUAAUGCCGGAGUUCGCAAUUUCCAUCGGCAGCCUGAUCUGUCGUCUAUGCGAUGUGCCAUAUGUCCUUCUCGGCCUGCCGUGUGGCAUCUGAAACACACCGAUAUCGGGCUGAGUGCAUUCGCUGCGUCUAUUCUUGUUGAGAUGGGACGAAUCAGACCAGAGAAGCUAGUGUUGAAUCGCCCUAAAGAAUAUGACACAUACAGAGAUCCUGCAAGCCCACUAAGCGCAGGAACCCGAAUUCUGGUUGGGGUGUUUGCAAAAUUGGUAACUGGGCUAGGAGGAAUACCUGUAGACGUCGUGACUGACCUUAUCUCGGGGAUGCGGUCCCUGGGUCAUCCCCAUGAUCACAAUGACCUUCGAGAAACAUGGCGAUGGAGAGUGGAUCAGAAACUAAUACAGAAGAGAGAGCGCGAAUCUGCGAGCCAUGGAGAAGGGCCAAUGUCGCAAGUAGAGAAGGAGAGAAACGAACACUCCGAAUUGCCUGAAGAGGAGCGACUGCAAGAAACUUUAACAGAGUCCGAUGACGAGAGAAUACUUAAUGAGCUGAACCAGAUGAGUGGUGUUGUUCUUGAAGGCACCAUCGACCGUAGGCGGAGCCUACAACUCGAGAAGAGGCAAACAAUGAGCUGUGGCAUGCGCCCUUCCCGAAAACGAAGCUUUAUUUCUGAAGUGGGAAUUCAUGGAGGUUGGAUGUCGAAGAGGUUUCUGAAUGGCAUUAUCUGGAUACCAACAGAUCUAACGCUAGGCUUAUCGAAAGGCUUUCACAACGCCCCCAAAAUGUACCACGACUACACGGUCAAAAAACCCCCGAGUUUCAUUGGACUGAGAAGUGGACUCAGAGGUGCGGGCAAAAAGGCUUUCAUUGUGGUAUUAAAGGGUUAUUUACGCAACCUCACUGUGCCUUCAAAGAACAAGGAGCGAAAGGCAUACCCAAGGCAUAGCCGAGGGCAUUGGCGGGAUUUUUCUCAAGCCUUUAGCUGGCCUUUGGGGGUUAGCUGGGUAUCCCCUGGCCGGAAUUCGAAGAAUUUGCAAAAUUCUCUUGGAAAGCCCCAAGAAGUGGAACUUGUGAAAUCUCGAAUUAUGCAGGGACGGGAAGAGACCAAGGGUUCUACGGCGGACGACUGGGCAGAGGUAGUUCGCAAAUGGCUACUACUUGAAGAAGAACUGCAUAAGAACAAACGAUAUUUUGAUGAUAACAAUAACAGCAACAGCCAUUUAUGA